UUUGAGCGCCUAGCUGGAUUCCAGCCAUUGCUGCAGCUGCUCCACAGCCCUUUUUAGGACCCAAACAACCGCAGCUCCUGUUCCCAGGAUGGUGAUCCGUGUAUAUAUCGCAUCUUCCUCUGGCUCUACGGCGAUUAAGAAGAAACAGCAGGAUGUGCUUGGUUUCCUAGAAGCCAACAAAAUAGAAUUUGAAGAAAAAGAUAUUGCAGCCAAUGAAGAGAAUCGGAAGUGGAUGAGAGAAAAUGUACCUGAAAAUAGUCGACCAGCCAUAGGAUACCCCCUGCCACCUCAGAUUUUCAAUGAAAGCCAGUAUCGAGGGGACUAUGAUGCCUUCUUUGAAGCCAGAGAAAAUAACGCAGUGUAUGCCUUCUUAGGCCUGACAGCCCCACCUGGUUCAAAGGAAGCAGAAGUGCAAGCAAAGCAGCAAGCAUGAACCUUAAGCACUGUGCUUUAAGCAUCCUGAUAAAUGAGUCUCCACUGCUUUUAUAAAAUAGCGGAAUUAGCUUUGCUUCAAAAUAAAUAGGCUUAAUGUUGAAAUAAUAGAUUAGUUGGUGUUUUUACAUGCAAACAUUCAAAAUGAAUACAAAAUUAAAAUUUGAGCAUUAUGGUGAGGAGAAUGGGAUAUUAACAUAAAAUUAUAUUAAUAAGUAGACAUCAUAGACAUAGUGUUGUUACCUGCCAAAACAUCCUGCGUACAGCAAUGAUAUUUACAGAGAAAACACCCUUCCCUCCUUUUUUGCCAUUUUUAUGGCAGCUUAAGUGUAUCUCUGGCUCUAUGUUAAAAGGCGGGGAGGGGAGAGAAAAAUAACCUGUCUCUUACUCCUAAGUUGCCUCAUUAAUUUUAAUGAACAAGAAUAUGUACCUUUUUGAUGCUAUAUUAUUGUGAUUAAAUAGUACUUGCAGGUAAUGUUUAUGAUAUGUUAAACAUUGUAAUUUCCUAUGGUAAUUAUAACAUUCCCAUUCUUUUGUAGAUGAAACUUUUACUUAUUGAACCACAGAUUUUCCAAGCUUCUAAAUGUAGCCUUUAUUGCAUAUUGCAGUGAUCAGAAUAGAUAUCUUUCUACACAUAAAAAACAAUAGAUUCAUUCAGUGGACAAGUUCCUUGUUUAACAGCUAUGAUGGAACGAUAUUUCCAAGUUGAUUGUCUCAGUGAAAUAUGCAUAUGUAUAUCAUGGAAGUGGGAUGCCAAGUAAGCUUAAAACGGCAUUCUCUAGCAAAGAGAUUAGAUUUUUAAAUAACUCUUAUAAAAUAGGUUGACCAUUAUUUCCCAAGAUUGGUUUCCCUUGAGUUUUUGCUAAAACAAAUCUGAGUCGUUUUGCCCCUUUAAAAAAAUUUGCAAUCAUUAAUGCUAUUAUUUCUAAGAUAUCUUACCUUCUUCUUUCAGUUUAUAGAUGUAUUGUGUAAAUAUAUUAGUCUAAGCAGCGAGAAUCUUUUCUAUGCUUCUAUUCCAGCAAAAAGUAGAAGUAUCAAAUAAAAAGGGCAACUUUUAAAAUAUUAAGUCUUAAGACUUCUAAAAGGACAGGAAACAUGGCCUAAAUAAUGAACACAGAAGAUUUAUAUAGUACUUUAGUUUCAUACUAGUUUAUUACUAAAAGCAAACACCUCUUACUUUAAACUACUUUUUCAUAUAUAACUAUUGUAUGCUAGUCUUACUUUUUGUCAAAAUCAAUAUAUAAUGAAGAGAUGGUUUUGUUUCAUGAGAUUCAAACUUGAUGUUAUGCUUUAAAAUAAACUUUGUACUUUUAGAAACA